CUUCCCUCUUCAUCCUUCACCUGGUUCUCACUUCCUCUCCACCUGAUUUUCUGGAUACUAACGAAAUCUACCUUCAGGAAUCAAAAAUAUAUUUUAUCUAAAAUAUAUAUUUAGCCUAAAAAUAAAACAUAUAAUCCAAUUUUGGUGCUGCUCAACCGAGGUCACAUCGGACGCAACGGCGCCCAUUUCUCAUCCUAAGUCCUCUUCAUUUCGCGGCAUCUCAAAAUCGGCCGCCUCUGAAACUUCGGCUAAUCAAUUUUGUGCAUGUUGGGUUCAUGUUCCACCCAUUGUCCCACGCGCAAGGAGGCGCGUGGCAGUUACCAGCGUUGUUAAAUUCCCGCGACCGAACCAUGGCUGCACAGGAGCUGCGAAAUGCUUUGAAUUCGAAUAUCUCCUUCAAUCUUCAUUUUUUAACGUCCUUGUUCUCUUCUCCCACCUUCCCGAUUCGCAGAUCUGAUGCUUCGGAUCGUCGACUUCCUCGUUUGUAACGAUGCUGUCUCGUUCCCAGACUUCGAAUCUUCGUCUCCGCGACCACCACCGUCGUUCAUGGCAUUUCCGAUGGCCGCCGCAGUUCGCCAUAGCCGCACAUGCAAGGAACUUCACCAAUUCUUCGACGACGUGCUUCUGUGCCGAUUCGUAUUACGGCGUCAAUAUAAGAGCGUCGAAGGUUCAUACGACUCGAUACCAUAGACCACGUAGUUUUACUGAAGUUAAAGCCUUCGAUCAGGAUUCGUUUGAUUUUGACAUCCCCUCGCUUGACAACUUCAGUGACCAUGAGGGGGCUACUGGAUAUGCGCUUCCAUCCAGUGAUGGUGAAGAUAGCGAUCCAGAGAUCAUACUAAAUCCAGUUUCAGAUGUUGAUUUGCCAACUGUUUCAGUGCAACACAAUGAUGCUCUGACGGUGACUGCUCACCGUAUGGCAAUGCUUAGUAGAGGACGUCAGAAACACAGGAUCAGGCAUGGGCUUUUUACAAAUACAGGACUGAUAGUUUUCUUGAUGAUCCUUCUUAUCUAUGUGGAUUGGUGUGCAUGGCGAAUCGUUCGACUUCCUUUAGGACCAUUUCACUUGACUGGCCCUUUUUUGACAUCGGCCUUUUUAGCCUCAUGUGCAGGCUAUAUUUGUGUUCCACUACUGUAUCAGCUUAAGGUUUACCAAAUUACGAGGCAAGAAAGACCUGUUAGACACGCGUUAAAGAGAAAGACACCUACUAUGGGUGGAUUGUUUUUUGUGCCAAUUGGCAUAGCUGUUGCUAAACGCUUUACUGAUUUUUCUUCUGCUGAAGUUUCGGGAGCAUCAGUGGCAACUAUAGCAUUUUUAGGUAUUGGACUAGUAGAUGAUAUCUUAAGCCUAAUCAAGAGUCACAAUUGUGGUUUGUCUGCAUGGAUCAAAAUUUUGCUGCAGGUAGCUGUUGGAAUGUGGUUUUCUUUUUGGCUCCAAGACGCAAGUUUAUCAUCUCCUUACAGCAUGAAAAUGUUGAUUCCUAUGCCUGCACCUAUUGGCCUUGUAUUCCUUGGAAAAUGCUAUAUGUGGUUGACUUCGUUUUGUUUUGUCUCCAUGGGAAAUGGAAUAAACCUGACCGAUGGUCUUGAUGGAUUAGCUGGCGGAACUGCUGCCUUGGCUUUCAUCGGUAUGGCUAUUGCAGUGCUUCCAAUAUCUUCUGACCUUUCUAUAUUUGGAGCAUCAAUGUCUGGAGCGUGUGUUGGUUUUCUUUUGCACAACAGAUUUAAGGCCUCUGUAUUCAUGGGUGAUACUGGAUCCUUUGCACUUGGUGGAGCAUUAGCUGCAAUGGCUGCUUGUAGUGGAAUGUUUUUCCCACUAUUCAUUUCUUCUCUAGUCUUCGUAUUAGAAACAUCGUCAGUUAUCAUGCAGGUAGUAUACUUCAAGAUGACAAAAAAGUUGCAGGGAAUUGGGCGUCGCAUUUUCCAAAUGGUGCCAUUUCAUCACCACCUGGAGUUAUGUGGCAUCAAAGAGCCCUUCAUUGUUGCCGGGGCGUAUACUGUAUCCUCCAUAUUGGCACUGAUUGCAGGCUAUGUUGGCCUUAUUUCAGCAUAGCUUUCCAAUUUCUUGCCCAUAAUUCCCAAUUUUGUACAUUCUGCAACCUGUUUUCUUUCCUUUAUUUUUUAUUUUCGUUAUUGGGGUUGCGUGGGUUUGUAACUUUGAGGGAAAAUGUCAGGAUAGUUUUGGAAUUGGAUAUACUUUCAGAAAAUAGGAUUAGUUUUGUCCGUGUCUAAUAAAAUAAUAUGCUGAAAUUGCUUGAUUUAUAGAAGAUCCGAAUGAUGUACACUACACUUUUUUAAUGAUGUUUUUUUUUUCUAUUCA